UUUGCAGAAGAACAGUACGCGUGUGCCACCGGAAACAGAAGAAACUAUCGAAUUUCAUAUCGGAACAACUACUUGAGGCUGCCUGCGCCAUCGUCGACUGAAAAGUGUUGUCAUAUUUGUUGUUGACGGUUGAAAGGGUCGCGUUAUUUUCACAUAGAGAACGAGUUGUGCACAAGUGGUGUUUGCCUUGGAAGUUGUAAUGUCAGUCGGUGCCAUAGUGCCGCUCACACACUAGCUACAGUAACGUCAGCUUUUUCUGGCAAUAUCCUCGAAGGAAUCAGUAUGGAUGCGCUCUGGGUAUUCCUAAUGCUGCUGGUCCCACUUCUGCUAUGGACCAGCAGCACCUUUGUUUUUUAUUUUAAAAAGUGUUUCUACGUGGCCUAUAUGAUGGUUUUGGGUGCGAUUGCGAUUCCGCUUAGUAUAAUGAAAUGCGGCGGCAGGGACGUUGAAAACAUGAGGUAAGUUCCAGGUUGCACAACAGCGCGAGCCGUGCUUUGCUAGCUAACGUUUCGUUUGAUCGUGUGAAUGGAAGAUGGCUAGCUUGCCAAAUACUGAAAUAAUGCAAACAUAACAUCAAUCUGUGCUCUACCCUAAUUUAUCAAUAAGCCAUUUUGCUGAUAUUUUUUUCACCUGUUGGUUGCAACAUUUUGUAACGUAAUGCGAGGUAGUUAUCCAGCGGUUGGAAAGAAAGCAAACUUAGCUAGUUAGCUGCAAAUGAAUUGCCAGAUGUUUGGGACUUUCUGAACUAGGCGGCUAAUACUAGCUAGCUUGCUAACGUUAGAGUCACCUCGCAUCCAGACAUGGCCUCUGGGCCCGACAUUUCGUGGCUGGAAACCGGGUUGGAACACCAUAUCCAACAGGCGUGUGUUUUUUGCACAGAUGUAAAUCAACAAUAGACUGCAGAAAAUGCCACUUUAAUCCAUGAUUUUUGGCAUAGCUUGUGUGUCAAUGUUUUAAGUCUAAACAGGAUCAAGGAAAGAGGAUGUUUGGUUUCAUCAGUUGGUUUAAUGUCAACUGAAUUCCUUUAGUUUAGCAUCAUGCCCCAUACUAGCCAUUGGAAUCCGACUUUCGUUCGUUUCUUCUCGCUAUUCGGAACAUUGCCUAAUAAAACUUUAUUUGAUACCAAUUAUUGGUAUACAGUCUGAAACAAACCACUGCAAAAUCGUGGACAUUUCCCUUACAAACCAGCAUGUUUAAUACAAUUAGAUUCGAACUUACUCUACUGGUUGUCUCUACAGUUGGUCCUUCAGUUGCUCGAAAUUUGAGACAAAUAUACAAAGUAUUGUUUACCCAUCUUUUUUUUAAUAAUCAACUGGCACAUGCAUAAAACCAUGUAAACACCUUAUAGUAUGCAUGCACUUCAGUAUUGUGCACGUGCCUUUGGUCAUGAGCAAACACUUAUUGAUUGCCACACACACACAGACCCCUGUUUUGAAGUAUGUUUAAUAAUAUUUUCCUGUGGAUAUUUUGUCUCAAAUUUCUAACAGCUGACAUUUGGCAGAGUAAAUUCAAAUAUACUUUCAUUCAACAUUCAUGACAAACAAGGGAUGUUUAGGUUUUUCCUGUGUAAAUGUGCAUGGCGUGGCCUACAGAAUUGAAGACAUCGCCAUGUUUCGUGAUUAGUCGGAACGGUGCAAUGCCAGAAUGUGGACAGCGGAGCCCGGUGCGGUAUAUGGCUGGACAUGUUCCAGGAAUGGAAUAUGUCGCUAUACUCCUAAUUAUCCUUGAGCGAUGAAUCGAGAAGAUUGGAAUACUACUAGUUUUAAAUUAUACUGCUGUUUUCGUUAGCAUGCUGGGCUAGCUAAUGCUAUAGCAGCCCAUUGGAUUCCAUGAAAAUGUGAUGUCUAUCGUUGGGGUGGGAAGCGACUGGAAGUGUAGUCGAUUCCAAGGGGUUGCUUUAGCAUUAGCUAGCCUAGGAUAAAAACUGAUGAAAACGGCAGUUUAAUUAAAAACGAGCAGUAUUUCAAUCUUCUCUGUAUCAUUUUGGAUAACGGAAUAAUUAAGAGUAAAGUGCCAUCUCCCAUCCCUGGAUUGAGGUACGUUUUCCAAGCUAUAUCUCGCGCCGGCUCCGUGGUGUCCUGAUAGUGGCAGCCUGUCAUUCCGGCCUUACAGGGAAGAUGUAGCCUACUUACAGCGACCGUAAGGUUGGAAUCUUUAGGUUAGCCCCACACAUUAGACUACGAAAUUUUCAUUCAUUCAGAUAAGUUAUUUGGAAGGCUAAUGCACGCAAAGCAAAAUGGCAAUGAUUUUAGUCUAAAUUAAACCAAUACUACUACUACUACUACUACUACCAAUACUACCACAUCCAUGUGGUCCUCUGUAGCUCAGCUGGUAGAGCACGGCGCUUGUAACGCUAAGGUAGUGGGUUCGAUCCCCGGGACCACCCAUACACACAAAAAAAAUGUAUGCACGCAUGACUGUAAGUCGCUUUGGAUAAAAGCGUCUGCUAAAUAGCAUAUUAUAUUAUUAUAUAUUAUAUUAUAAUCGAGAAUAAAUCAUUUUUUACAGUGUUUAGGAUGGUUGCCAAGUAACAACUGGCCAUUUAAUUUAGGAUAGGGGGAUUGGGUAUUGUACUGUGGACAGAGACAUGGCCUAUUGGACACGAGUGACUGUAUCCGGUAAUUACCAAGAGAGGAGAGGUGGGGGUAAGAUAGAACUGAAUGUCCCUCCUGGUUGGGGUCAUGUUACCGACUGGUUGUUAUGUCUUCCCCUAGAAAUCAAUGGAUGGCCUCCGCCAGCAUGUGCUGCCUGUUGGCCUUGUUAGUUUAGUGAUAACGCAGGGCAGGCUGACCUGGCUCAGGCUCCGUACUCUUGGAAUAACUGAACCAUUUCACAGCCAGGCGUGCAGAUCAGCAGUAUUGGCAGUGGUGUCAUGUUGCACCAGGCAGCAUUCUAUCUCUAUUAACCUAAAGGGUGUCCGGCGCUGGACUCUAUUCACUGUCGCUAACAAGUGUGUGAGAAACGGACAGAGAGGGAGAGUGGGCGUGCGAGAAGAAGAGAAAGCGACAGGGACCCAGACACUGACACAGAUAGAGAGGCGGGGCAGGCCAUAUUAGAAAGAGUUCACUGAUUUGGAAUGGAAGGACGGCACAGCCUGUCCUCAAAUUUGUAGUAGUGGGAAUUGGGAAGUUUUUGACCCUUGCUCGCUCUGUGACUGACCCAGGGUUGUGUUCAGUAUGACAGAAUGGUGUGCAACGUUGAAUUCAAUGGAAAUGGUACUGUACUGAACGAUAAGUUGGAAAAACGUUGUGAUUAUGGUGGCCCAGAGGGCAGUUAACAUAUGGCAGGGUUCUCCAACUUGCGGCCCCCGGCCGAAUUUGGCCCCCCAUGUUUUCUGAGCAAGAAUGUUUCAUUGGACACUUGUUUUAUGGCCCAGCGUCGUCCAGGGUAGGGGAGGGAAUGGCCGGCAGGGAUGUAGCUCAGUUGAUAGAGCAUGGCGUUUGCAACGCCAGGGUUGUGGGUUCGAUUCCCACGGGGGGCCAGUAUAAAAAAAAUAUGUAUUCACUAACUGUAAGUCGCUCUGGAUAAGAGCGUCUGCUAAAUGACUAAAAUGUAAAUGUUUUAUUUUUUUAGCACCAUGAAAUCUGCUUCAAGUGAGUUUAUUUUGGGAAAUCUGUUCUCAAGUAUUCCCAUGCAUAAUAGAGAGACGUGAUCAUAUACAAAUAAGCAAGGUUUUAAAUUAUGUUUUAGUUUAAUAUUAUAUCUGUUUGGGCUUCUUGGGCUUUUUGCAGUCAAUUUGCAGUCUACCAAUUAUUUGUAAUUAUGUUGCGGCCUCCUGACCAUCCGUUCAAUAAAAAAAUCGACCAGCGGCUGAAUCUAGUUGAUGAGCCGACUAGGUGAAAAAUCUGUCUGUGCCCUUAUGCAAGGCACUUAACCCUAAAUCCUCAUGUAAGUCGCUCUGGAUAAGAGCGUCUGCUAAAUGACUAAAAUGUAAAUGUAAUGAUCCCUGCCAUAUGGUCUGCUGCACGAGUUUUGCGAUUUCAGAUGGUCACACCCAUAUUGAUCAGGCUUCACCUCGCCACACCCACCAAAUGGGUUUAAACGUACCUUAAAGGCUGUUGAAGAACGUUGCGCACCGUUUUGUGGAAACGUAUCAUUCAGUACAAACCGUCAUGCAACGUAGCAAACAUUGAAGCAAACUGAAGAGUCACUUCAGCCUCAGCCAGAACAGCGACGGAAUUGUCUGAUCGCCUGUCUGACGUUCCAGACAAAUGGAAUCGUAAUGCUGCUGUCAACAGUCGCCAAGAUUCCAUUGUGAAUUAUCACACUGAGUUUUGUGAUGAAAACAAACAGGGUAUUUUGACACUAACUAACCUAUUGCCUCCUAGCUGCUCAAGGGGAAUGACUUAUGAUGCCAAGUGUCAGCAGUAUUACAGACCUGUCGGUGUGAUAGUGAACCAUGACGUGCUGCUGUUUAGUGUGUUCUUGUCAACCCUUCUCACUGGAUUAUGUCAACUCUCUCUCCCCAUGCCCUUCUCUCUCUCCUCCUGAAUGGACUCAAAUCCCCCUCUGUCAGUCUGCCCCUGUUUCCAUGCCUGCUACAGCCUUGUCCAAACAAACCUCUGAUUGGUCAGUUAGAUUGGAACUUUUGAACCUUUUGUCUGUUGGAACUCGAACAAUGCUAAAGGACAAUCGGUCCGAUCCGAGUGAGGGAAGCGGCAGAAAAGCACAUUUUGUUUUUAUUAAACCGGAGCCAUGGAGAAAGGGGGAGCGUGAGAGGCACAGAGCGAGCAGCAGUAGGCUAUUAGGGAGCGGAGGCCGUUCGGUGUGUUUGAGUAAAACAUGGGAGGCUCGGAGCACCAGCGCAGGCACGGAGGGAGAGACCGCAACCACUGUUAUCGCUCGCUAGACCAACUUCUUGAUAGUUAUUUAUCAUCCCAUCCGGUUACGUAGCACCUAUCUUGAAUGCAUCAAACCGAGAGACGCUAGCUAAUUGAGGCUAGCAAUAACGUUACUGCGCUUCUCACCGUCCUACAGUUAGCCUACACAUAACAUUUACAUUUUAGUCAUUUAGCAGACGCUCUUAUCCAGAGCGACAUAUAGUUAGUGAGUGCAUACAUUAUUUUUUGUAUUUUUCAUACUGGCCCCCCGUGGGAAUCAAACCCACAACCCUGGCGUUGCAAACGCCAUGCUCUACCAACUGAGCUACAUCAGAUUAUAACGUAAAUAGCAGCCAACCUUUUGGAUCUUCAUUCUCAUUUCACUUUUAAUUCUGUCAUUUUAAUUCCACCUUCCAUUGACAAGCAGAGCAGCAGUGCAAUUGUCUCUUUCUCUCCAUGGCAAGCGCGAGGAUCAGAGUGCAUAACUUUUUUUUGCAACUUUUUCCAAAUCAUCAAUAUAGUCGCAUCGUACAGCCCUUAUGUCUUGAUUUCUACGAAAUUCCCAGUUUUAUAGGCCUAUCACAACUAAAUAAAUAAUGGAUUUUACUGUGACGUGUAGGCUAUAUAAAAUUGAUUUAUUCGACUUUUUAAAUUGUAGCUGUUCCAAAGUCGCGCAUCAGCAGCUUGUAUGCAUGGAACCUCGGAGACGCUAAACAUGCUUAUGUUAAUUAACGGUCAGUUACCGUGAGAAUGGCAUUCAUUUGCAUUAUAAUUACUGGCUGACAAAAUUAUGACACCACAGCCCUAUAUAUGCCCACACCAUUCUGUUGUUUGGGUACCCCCACACCAUUCCUACAGAAAGCUUAACUCCUAGGUAUAACAUUGGAUUGUCUAUUAUCAUGGUCAAGUCAUAUUGACAGAGUUGUUGUGAAGAUAGGGAGGGGUAUGUCUGUUAUAAAAACUGAACUAGUUGUUCAGGCUCUGGUCUUGUUUCAUCUUGAUUACUGUCCGGUAAUAUGGUCAAGUGCAGCAAAGAAAGAGAUAGCAAAGCUGCAGCUGGCUCAAAACAGAGCAGCACGCCUUGCCGUAACUGCACAUACAGAACUAACAUCAACAACAUGGAUGCCAGUCUUUCCUUGUUGAGGGUUGACAAGAGAUUACCUGCUUCUCUUGUAUUUUUUUGAGGAAUAUUACUGUGACAAAUUCCAGAUUGUCUGCAUAAUCAAGUAACAUUUAGCUCAGACACCCAUACAUGCCACCAGGGGUCUCUUCACCGUCCCGAGGUUCAAAACAGAUUCACAGCAAUGCAGUUUUAUACAGAGCCAUGAUCGCAUGGAACUCCCAUCUCCAAUUACUCAACCAAACAGCAAAAUUACCUUUAAAAAAAUGAUUUAAACAACAACUCGUGGAACGCCGGGACUGUGAGGGGACACACACACACACACACAAUUAUUUUUGCAUUGUAUUGUUUGUAUAAUAUUUUGGUUGUAUUGUUGGUAUAUCGUUGUAUUUUAAAUUUGUGUGACUGUCCUUGUCUAUCAGUGUUUUGUUACUUGUCAUGUUUGUGUUUUUUGUGGACCCCAGGAAGAGUAGCUGCUGCUUCUGCAAAAGCUAAUGGGGUACAAAUAAAUAAACACAGAAAAGCUGCAUUUUAACAUACUUAAUUACUUUUUUUUUUUUUUACCAGGUCAUAUUUCCUAAGAAUCUGAAAACACUGGACAGUUACCUUUAACUAAUUUCCUACAAUUCUACACAUUUUGCCAUGGCUUAUGCCUUGUUCUUAUGCUAUCUGAGUGACUCAAACGUUAUAACAAAAUCAAUGGGAAUUUUGGACAUUUAGAUUCUCCCUGACUGUAGUUUUUUUAUUCGGGUGGUUCUCCAAAGAUGAGCUUAUUUAAAAAUGUAAAUAGCUCCAGUAUCUUUUCUACAUAGUUUAUAUCUGGUUUUAUUCUUAAAUUUAUACAAAAAAUGUUUUGACUUCCCUAAAUAAAUAACAGUAAAAAAUGUUGGAUUGACGGCCACAAUUGAUUGCUUUCAUGACAGGGCACAGAGAGAACCUACAGAGAGCCAUUUCCUUCCCCUUAUUGUGGUUGUUUAAGAACAAGAACAGCAGACAAUGCUCUUCAUCUAGCCUAACCAUGUUUUGUAUGUAAUGGUACAUGUGACGCCAGCAGCAGACAAUGUUCUAGCUCCAUUAUUGUAGGGAUGAACAUGAGUACUCGAACGGACGACAAAACUCUCUUUUAAGCAGAGAUUAAAAAAAUAAAAUAAAAAUCUGCUGCUGAAAAACUAUUUGGUGGAAUGUGCUAUGUGGCUUGUCCUGAGAAAAAAAUAGGACUUUUGGUCUUGAAGAUAUUCAUUUGCUUUGACUCUAGUGUUCCAUGUGUACAUGUGCAUUUGCGGGCCACAACAAAAAAGAAAUCAAGGCAAGCAUCAGUUCUUCUCUAAAUUCCCUUUCCCCUCCAUGUCUCACUCCCUCAAUUGCGUUCCGACCGCUCCCUCUACACACGCGUGCCGAGUUCGCACACAAGCUCCCAUUAGGCCUACAUAAAUGCAUGCUUAUAAAAACGUUUGUAGCAAAAAAAGAUAUAUUCCUCUAAGUGACAUGAUCACUUAUCUGAGAAGGUAAAAAAAAAAAAAAAAAAUGAUUUUGUUUCUGAGGGUCACCUCAACACCAAAGUUACUGGGAACUUGCAAAUAACUGUCAACUUAAUAAAUGAAACAUCUGAUUGGCUUAGAAUAAAAACGGGUAUAGAUAUAACAACCAGAUGAAUUGGUUGAAACAUUAAACAGCAGCAAUGUGUUCUUUUUUUAUUUGAAUCCAAAUAUGGAAGUGGGCUUAAUGAGAACACGGGACUGUUUUCCAAAACGAGCUGAAACUUUUGGAAUAAUUGUGUCCCGUCUAUUUUCCGCUUAGGCUACUUUGCAAACUGCUAGUGCCAUUUAGAAUGGGUUAGCGUAGGCUAUAACCCAUCUCCCUCAAUAAAGAUAGACAGGUUCUACACUGAAAAUAUGCAAAAACAUUAGUUUGAUAAAGACGGAGCGUAUUUUCAUCAGAAUCAAGUUUAGGCCUACUCAUCAAACAGAUGUCGUGGCUGUAAUUAAUCACCAUGUAGUUUUCAAUGUGGAAUUGUUAAUCUAUUUAGAAAAUUUGACAGAACCGGCAGAAUAAACUUAAUCGAACAUCUGUUGGCCUAUAUCGAAAAUAAGACAGAUUUUGUUUUGUAACCCUGAAGAAAUUGUCUUUCAACGCGCCAAACUAAGCGCCGUUUGGGACUAAUAACAACAAGAUAACUAAUGUAAAACAUACUGUAUCCAUAAUAAGUUUAUAGGUUAAGAACUUUUGUGAAAGAGCACAGUUUGAAAGAUAUGGCAUAUAGAAGCAAACCGGAUGGACAUCAUGAAAAUGAUCGGAGAGGUUGACUGUAGAGGGAGUUCAGGAGUAAAAACAAACAAAAUAGAUCUAUUGUAAAAUUGACUGUGUCCAUAAAAUUGUAUAUACUAUGUGUAAGCUGGAAGUAGAGGCCUAAGCGUUGUUCACUAGUUUACUCCAAUUAGGGGAGGGGUGGUGGGGUUGGAAAGUAAUAAAUGUGUGUGUAUAUAUGUGUAUAUUUAUUUUAUUUUUUGCGGAAAAAAAUAAAACCGGCCCUGUUUCAAAAAUGAGUCCAGACGUGCAUUACUUUGCACCGGCAACUUUUUUCAUGCUAUUAAAUGGGUGUCUUGAAUGUGAUAAGGGCUCAGGAAAUGAGGCUAUGUCAUUGCACAGCCAUAGGCUUCUACAAGCAAGCACCACUGCUGAGGUUACUGCCUUUUUGAAGAUUGUGUUACACAGUAUAAUAUAACCAGUUGAUAUUACGGUUUCAAUAAAUUAAUCUUAAAUGGCAAUAGUUUUUUGUUGACUGAAUAUACUCAUUGGCCAGUUUAUUAGGUACACCACCCCGUUCACAAAUGGUGGUUUGCGCCUACAGACAUUGAGUCAUGUGGCCGUGGCUUGCUAAAUAAAGCAGGUAGACGGGCAUUGAGGCGUUCAGUUACUGUUCGAUUGAAUGUUAGAAUGGGCAAAACGAGUGACCUAAGCAACUUUGAGCGUGGUAUGAUCGCCGGUGCGCCGGUUCCAGUAUCUCAGAAACGGCCGACCUCCUGGGCUUUUCAUGCAUGACAGUGUCUAGGGUUAACCGAGAAGGGUGCAACAAACAAACAAACAGUCCUGUGGGUGAAAACAGCUCAUUGACGAGAGGUCAAAUGAGUAUGGCAAGAAUCGUGCAAGCUAAUAGGCAGGCCACAAACAGGCAUAUAAUGGCGCAGAACGGCAUUUCGGAACGCACAAUUCGUCGGUCUUUGUCACGGAUGGGCUAUUGCAGCAGACGACCACACCGGGUUCCACUCCUAUCAGAUAAAAAAAGACUCCAGAAGCGGCUCCAGUGGACAAUUGUGGAAUGGAAAAACAUUGCCUGGUCUGACGAAUCCCGGAUCCUGUUGCAUCAUGCUGAUGGCAGAGUCCGGAUUUGGCGUAAGCAACAUAAGUCCAUGGCCCUGUCCUGCCUGGUGUCAAUGGUACAGGCUGGUGUCGGUGGCGUAAUGGUGUGGGGAAGGUUUUCCUGGCACACGUUCGGUCCCUUGAUACCAAUUGAGCAGUGUUUCCAUGCCCCGAAGAAUUCAGGCUGUUCUGGAGGAAAACGGCAGUCCAACUCGGCACUAGAGCUAGUUUAGCAAUUAGGAUUUGUUAUCUGUAAUGAUUAUGAUAAAUUAGGCAUUGUUGUGCACUUUUGACAUAUAGAGGUGCAAUUUUAUUUUUCUCCCAGUGAGUAAAAAAAUACAUGAAAAUAAUAAUGUACUCCCCCAAAAAUCAUGCGAGUACUUGAACAGUCAAAACAUUUCAAAUGUAUGUUAGGUUACUUAUGGAGUUCAAAGAAAAGAGAAAUCCGCACACUGCUCUUUCUCGUAUCACUUGUUUUAUUAAAGCUAUCGUGUCGGCCUCUUCUACCUUCAUCUGAGCUUUUAGGUUACUUAUUGAGCACAUUUCGUUCAGUCCAACAUACUGCUACAAACAGACAAAUCUUGUAUUUUCUCACAGCCUUAGUUAAUUGAGACCGUAGCAGUGUUUGAGAGCAUUAAGUCUGCUCCGUUGCUGAUCACUGAGAGAGCAGAUUUGGUGCUCUGAAACACUCAUGGAUGCAUAGUCGGAUCGUUUAACACUGAAAAUGGUUUUCAGAUCAAGAUUGAAUUGAACAUUGCUGUGUUCUUUCCUGUCUCCAGGGUGGUCCGUGCUCUGGUUCGUCAUGUUAAGUACUUCCUGGGUCUGAGGUUCGACGUGAGUGGCUUGGAACACCUGCAGACAGAGGGACCCUACGUCAUCAUCUCCAACCACCAGAGCUCCCUGGACGUUCUGGGUACGGGACACACAAACAGAUGACCAGACGGACACGCGCAGACUGACGUGCCUGCACACACACACACACACAGACGGACGUGCCUGCACACACACACACACACACACACACACACACACAGACGGCCGUGUCGACACAAACGCACACACACACAGAUCCACGCAUUUGACAUUUUAGUAAUUUAGCAGACGCUCUUAUCCAGAGCAACUUACAGUUUAGUGCAUUCAUCUUAAAAUAGCUAGGUGGGACAACCACAUAUCACAGGCAAAGAAAGUACCUCAAUAACGUAGCUAUCAGUAGAGUCAGAGCUAGAAGAGGGGUUGGGUCAAGUGCAAUUGCUGGUUAAGUGAGGAUUAUUUACGAUACUGUUUGAAGAGGUAGGGUUUCAGAUGUUUUCGGAAGAUGGGCAGGGACUCUGCUGUCCUGGCAUCAGGGGGAAGCUGGUCCCAUCAUUGGGGUGCCAGGACAGAGAAGAGCUUGGACUGGGCUGAGCAGGAGCUGCCCUCCCAUAGGGGUGGGAGGGCCAAGAGACCGGAGGUGGCAGAACGGAGUGCUCGGGUUGGGGUGUAGGGUUUGAGCAUAGUCUGAAGGUAGGGAGGGGCAGUUCCUCUUGCUGCUCCGUAGGCAAGCACCAUGGUCUUGUAGUGGAUGCAAGCUUCGACUGGAAGCCAGUGGAGUGUGCGGAGGAGCGGGGUGACAUGAGAGAACUUGGGAAGGUUGAAAACACACACUUUUGGAUAGAAUCAGAGCUUCCCCUAUAUGAAUCAAACUUGUAUUGUAUGCUAACACUGGGCGUCUCCCUUUCCACUAACUCCAUUUGACCCUCCAUAGCUCACGUCCUAAGGGAUUCCUCUAGUAAUGGUUUGAGUGCAGUCACAGGGCACUCUAUUCUGAGAGAAGAGUAUAAUGGGGAUACACUAAUGGUUUCUAUGCGUACAGACUGACAACUGUCAUUUGGUAUAGCAUCACACUAGACGUGAUCACUGACAUGGCUGUCUAAGGAAGUUAGUCCAAAUCCAACAGAGACUGAAGCCUAACUCUAGGGCCAGACUGGUGCAUGUAAUCAAUCAACAGCACUGUUUUAAGAUGGUGGAUUAUUUUGUAGAUAAUGAGGUUACAGGUGUAUUUGACUGUAGGGAAAAGCCAGGAUCAAUAUGAAAUGCAUUAUGCUUGGCACCAGAGGAUUGUGCAGCACUAGCCCUAAAUAGUGCCAGGAGGUGGCUGACUGGCUGUAUAGAGUGCAGAUUAUGUUGUGCAUUUUCACAUCAAAAGUGAUCACCUUGGGUAUUGGGAGAUUUUGUGUAUAUUGUAAAGUCCUUUUGAUUGAAACGUCUUUGGAGAUCAUGUUGUGAUGAGCGGUCUGUUUUUCAGAGUUGGGAAGUCAGUCUCUCACGGUGUCAGUGAGCAGAGGAGGAGAGGAAUUCUUAGCAUGUCUCUCCUACUGGAUUCCUAUAGGGUCUAGGUUAUGAUACGUGUGUGUGUGCCUCAUCUCUUAGCAUACCCCCUAAAUCUCUGUCGUGAGGCUGCUGAUUUGGCCUCAGUGUGUUUUCGCCUUCACUGCUGGCUGGCGGAGUUGGUGUGUGUCUGGGUGUUGGCUGAGUGGCGUGAGCAGGCUGCAAGCCAGGAGACUGACAACAGGAGAGAAAGGGAGGAAUGGAUGGAUAGCGUGGGUUGGAGAAAAUUGAGAUUGUGUGACCGUGAGAGAGAGCUUACCUUUCGUGAACGAACACUCGCACUUUACUCCCCUGGUGACGGAACAAGGGGGAGUUCUUAUAGAACGCCAGCAAAAAAGCCUCUAUUUACAUGUUCCUUAUGAGUGCAUUUCACACUACUUCAGUGUGUCGUGUACUGGGGUGGUAGAUGCCCAGUUUCCCAUAUGGCUCAGCUCAGGUGCCUUCAUAGACAUACACUGAGUGUAUAAAACAUUAGGAACACCUGCGCUUUCCAUGACAGACUGACCAGGUGAAUCCAGGUGGACGCUAUGAUCCCUUAGUGAUGUCACUUGUUAAAUCCACUUCAAUCAGUGUAGAUGAAGGGGAGGAGACAGGUUGAAGAAUGACUUUUUAAGCCUUGAGACAUGGAUUGUGUGUGUGCGAUUCAGAGGGUAAAUGGGCAACACAAAAGAUGUCAGUGCCUUUAACGGGGUAUGGUAGUAGGUGCCAGGCGCACCGGUUUGAGUGUGUCAAGAACUGCAAUGCUGCUGGGUUUUUCACGUUCGACAGUUUCCCGUGUGUUUUUAAGAAUGGUCCACCACCCAAAGGACAUCCAGCCAACUUGACACAACUGUGGGAAGCAUUGGGGUCAACAUGGGCCAGCAUCCCUGUGAAACGCUUUUGACACCUUGUAGAGUCCAUGCCCCGAUGAAUUGAGGCUGUUCUGAGGGCAAAAGGGGGUGUAACUCAAUAUUAGGAAGGUGUUCCUAAUGUUUCGUACACUGUUUACAUUUACACACUCACUCACUCACACACAGAGAGAGAGAGAGAGCGAGAGAGAGAGAAGUCCAGCUCAUGGGCUCCAUCAGCAGCAUAUUCUAAUUUAGAAUGGAAAAUGAAUGUGUUCAUGCAACAAAUGUUAGUGCAUCAAAUCUUAUCCCAUCAAACCGAAUCACGUUGAUGCUUUCCUCUAAUCAAACCGAAUCGCGCAAAUUGUUUAAAACUGAAACGUAUCGUUCCUGUAUCAUAUCGGCGCCCAUGUAUCUAGAUGCGUAUCAAAUCGUCUUGAAAGGGAAAGAUGCACAUCCCUACCAACCUCCCAUCAUACAGUCGUGGUCAAAGGUUUUGAGAAUGACACAAGUAUUGGUCUUCACAAAGUUCGCUGCUUCAGUGUUAUGAUAUAUUUUUGUCAGAUGUUACUAUGGUAUACUGAAGUAUAAUUACAAGCAUUCCAUAAGUGUCAAAGGCUUUUAUUGACAAUUACAUUAAGUUUAUGCAAAGAGUCAAUAUUUGCAGUGUUGACCCUUCUUUUUCAAGAUCUCUGCAAUCCGCCCUGGCAUGCUGUCAAUUAACUUCUGGGCCACAUCCUGACUGAUGGCAGCCCAUUCUUGCAUAAUCAAUGCUUGGAGUUUGUCAGAAUUUGUGGGUUUUUGUUUGUCCACCCGCUUCUUGAGGAUGGGAUUAAGGUCUGGGGAGUUUCCUGGCCAUGGACCCAAAAUGUCGAUGUUUUGUUGCCCAAACCAUUUAGUUUUCACUUUUGCCUUAUGGCAAGGUGCUCCAUCAUGCUGGAAAAGGCAUUGGUCGUCACCAAACUGUUAUUAGAUGGUUGGGAGAAGUUGCUCUCGGAGGAUGUGUUGGUACCAUUCUUUAUUCAUGGCUGUGUUCUUAGGCAAAAUUGUGAGAAGCAACCCCACACAUGAAUGGUCUCAGGAUGCUUUACUGUUGGCAUGACACAGUACUGAUGGUAGCGCUCACCUUGUCUUCUCCGGACAAGGUGUUUUCCGGAUGCCCCAAACAAUCGGAAAGGGGAUUCAUCAGAGAAAAUGACUUUACCCCAGUCCUCAGCAGUCCAAUCCCUGUACCUUUUUGCUGAAUAUCAGUCUGUCCCUGAUGUUUUUCCUGGAGAGAAGAGGCAUCCUCCAAAAGUCUUCGCCUCACUGUGCGUGCAGAUGCACUCACACCUGCCUGCUGCCAUUCCUGAGCAAGCUCUGCACUGAUGGUGCCCCGAUCCCGCAGCUGAAUCAACUUUAGGAGACGGUCCUGACGCUUGCUGGACUUUCUUUGGUGCCCUGACGCCUUCUUCACAACAAUUGAACCUCUCUCCUUGAAGUUCUUGAUGAACCGAUAAAUGGUUGAUUUAGGUGCAAUCUUACUAGCAGCAAUAUCCUUGCCUGUGAAGCCCUUUUUGUGCAAAGCAAUGAUGAUGGCACGUGUUUCCUUGCAGGUAACCUUGGUUAACAGAGGAAGAACAAUGAUUUCAACCACCACCCUCCUUUUUAAAGCUUCCAGUCUGUUAUUCUAACUCAAUCAGCAUGACAGAGUGAUCUCCAGCCUUGUCCUCGUCAACACUCUCACCUGUGUUAACGGGAGAAUCACUGACAUGAUGGCAGCUAGUCCUUUUGUUGCAGGGCUGAAAUGCAGUGGAAAAGUUUUUGGGGGAUUAAGUUCAUUUUCAUGGCAAAGAGGGACUUUGCAAUUAAUCUGAUCACUCUUCAUGACAUUCUGGAGUAUAUGCAAAUUGCCAUAAUCAAAACUGAGGCAGCAGAUUUUGAAAAUUAGUAUUGUGUCAUUCUCAAAACUUUUGACCACGACUGUAGAUAUGAACUACUGCUCCACCUGCUGAUCCAAAUCCUGUAAUGAACAGCCCCAGCCUUCUGCCCUAGCUUCUCUCUCUGCCCGCUUCCCUCAAAGAGCACUUUGUUGGCUGCGAAAUGGGAAACACAGGUCGCUCUAUCUCGGUUACACACACACAGAUCGAGGAGUCAGGUGUUACCCCGUUUCCUUUAUACUGCCCACCUUAUCCCAGAGUGCACCAUAUCAAACCAGCUACUCUCACCUGGCUGGGCUGACAGGACACCAAAAUAAACAACCAGCCAACAAUAUAGAUCAGACCCGCUCAAACGAUCAAUACAGGGCUCCAGACUAAAAAAAUUCCCUGGUGGCACCACAUUUUUCAGUUUGUGGCACCAGCCCGUGAUUUAGUUGCACCAAUUUUUUUCUGCGGCGUGGCGCAAUAGAUUUCUUAAAAAUCAUCUUAUAAAGUCAUUCACAGUGCUUUGUUAAAAAGUGUAAUAGACUACUGAGAUGAUAUGGAAGAAAUGCGUUUAAUCUUUUCAUGUUGUGAUACAAAAUGUUUUUAUGUGCAACCUAAUACAGUGAUUGUCAUGCAUUUUGGGUAGACAGUUGUGCUAUUGUUAUAUUUUAUUGUUAAAAUAGGGCGGCAGAAUUGAAUGAAUUUGCAUGCAUCUGUAUAUGCUCUAAUAUUAUAGGCACAUUUAUUUGGGGCUAAUUCACCACUUCAGUAAAUGGAAACUCAAAACACAUUAGCUAGAUCGCUAACUCUAAAUCUAAUACCCACUGCUAGUAGCCAUAAUCUAACAGUAAAUGUAAUGUCCCAAUUUAUUUUGCAGUUGUAGCUUACCGCCCAAUAAAGCCUAUGUACUCGCAAUGGCCAAUGCGCAUUUCGCACGCUCCAUAUCUCGAAGCCAUAUCAAAUAUCUUGUUUGUAAAAUAGUUGCUAUUGAGAGUUGAGAAAUAAAAAGGACACCUACAGAAAGCUGAGAACAUCCUCUCCCAAACUUUGACAACAGGAUAGCUGUGUUUUCCCAUCAAUUUGAGAGAAAAACAAUUGAUUAUUUCCUUUUUAAAGGAGAGCUAGAGUGGCUCGCAUGACACAGCAGCAGGCCCCAGCAAAAACGGAUACAGGGGCAAGCAGACACUUUCAUUACAGGAAUCAUGAGGAUAAUGUACUUUUAGUGUUUGACCAAGGCAUGGUUUUAGCCUCCUAGUCAUGGUUUUGAUUGAGGUGACCAUGUAGAAUGUGCAGCUUGCAUCAACGUGACCAAUAAAUAAAAAAAUAUGCGCGCUGCCAAGUCAAAAGGUCGCAAAAUGUGACUAAAUGGAGUCCUGCAAUACACUACUGAUUUCAUUAGCUACAGACAACUCACUGCAAGGCAUGGCGACCAGACCCAGGACCAAAUAACAGAGAAGUCAAAUGAAAAACAUUACGGAUUGCUUCAGCCACCACACAAAUAAAUGACAUAUUUCAAUAGCUGUCUGUUCACAAGGCUAGUGUGAGAUAAGAUAGUAACAGGCCAAAGCUCAUCCCAGAUACAGUAAUGAUGCAAUUAAUUAUUGUCUUGAGUAGAACAACCGAUCAGGGGCCUCAUUUAUAAAUGUUGCGUACUUAGAAAAUAUACCCCAAAACAUGCGUGUGCCAGUUUUCCCGCAAAAGUUGGCAUUUAUAAAAACUGAACUUGGCGUGAGAAUGUCCUUACCUCCAUGCAAACUUUAGACCACCGUUCAUGGUCAGAAAAAUGUCCUAUCUUCUGGCGACUCAAUACUAAUCAGGCUACUGUGCGUUAAAGGCCAUCGUCUCAUUCCAAAUCAUUCAGUGGGGUCAAUGGAAUCGUUGUACAAAAAUUCAGUUAGAUUCAACCCCACAUGACUGAGUUCAUACAGAACAUAAAAUAUCCCAGUUAUCAGGUCUAAAAGAUCCUCUAACGGAUCUAAUAGGCUAGAUUUCCACUAACAAAUCCUCUCAAAGAUCCUUUUCUCCCCCCGGUCUAAUGGAGAUCCUACCAGAUCCUGUAACGGAUACUAACAGAUCCUCUCCAAUCCCCAGGUCUAAUGGAGGUUCUCCCAGAUCGUUGCACCAUGAUUGCCAAGAAGGAGCUGGUGUACGCGGGCACGGUGGGCAUCGUGUCCUGGCUAGGCGGCAUCGUCUUCAUCAACCGCAAGAAGACCAGCGACGCCAAGAGUGUAAUGGCCGAAGCUGCCAAGACCAUGCUGGACGACCAAGUAAUUCUACAGGACUAAUCUAUGGGACCACAUGAUUAUACAUGUAGCCUUCUGCUGUACUCUGGGCCAUGCCUAAGUCAUGAUUAACUCCAGCCUGAUUGGCAAUGAUGCCAGAGAGUGACAUAGAUCAUAAGACUUUGAGCGACUGGUUUAUUCCAUUCCCAAGCCAAUAUGUCCUGAAACUUAACCCAUUCAAGUUUGAAUACUUGAUAGUUGUGCGUUUUGUAUUCUAAUUUCUGGCUGAGUAUCUAGGUCUAUCUCCACCACUGAUAUUGACAUACUGUCCAUGCUUCCUCAUGGGCCUCACCUUUGACCCCUGACCUUUGUCCCCGGUAGAUCCGGCUGUGGGUGUUCCCUGAGGGCACACGGAACCAGAGGAGCGACCUGCUGCCCUUCAAGAAGGGAGCCUUCCACCUGGCAGUGCAGGCACAGGUGAGCCGCAUGGCUGUGUGUGUCCGUGUGCGUGCAUGCCUCAAUUCCAGUGGUCACUCUAUUUGGAGGCAGUUGGUGUGUGUUGAUCUGGAUUUAGAUUUAGGUGUUGGUUACUGGGUAGAGGGGCUCUGGUAGUAUGGGGUUAUGGUCGUGGGUAUUAUACCUAUUUAGGACACAAGGGGGAGCUGACAACCUAGCGUGGGUACUGAAUGAACAUGAUCUGAUUUUCAGAUAUUUUCACUGCCUUUGUCUGAGAAAGAAAGAAAGAAAGAGCCAGAGCGAGAGACAUAGAGAGGGACGGAGAGAGCGAUACAGAGGGAGAGAGACGCAGAGCACGUAAUGGAAAGGGUUUCUGAGGUAACCGAGAGAAGGUGAUAUAGGAUGAGCGUUGGGGAGAGAGAGGGUGAGAGAAAGACACAUAUGUUUUCUGAGGUAACAGAGAGAGUGGGGGAUACACAAAGGAUGAGUCUUUGAAAGCUUGGCCCUGAAGAAGCAGCAGUAAUCUCUCUCUGUUCAGUUCAAAGGCUGCUGUCUGGCUGUCCUGAAGGUUGGAAGUCUGUCUCGCUCUGCUAUGGUUCAAGCUCUCAGCACCAGUCAGGGAGGGAAGGACGGCGGGGAGGGAAGGAUGGAGGGGAGGUAGAUGUGUGUACAGACAGUCUGUGUGUAGCUGGUUCAGCCAUGCAUGUGAUUUGUCUGUAUCUGUGUGUUCAUGUUUGUCUUUGUCUUGCCUGAGGGAGGGAAAAAUCAUUGAAAAGUAGAUUACUUAUCUUGGAAAAAAGAAUGGUAUUUUGGGACCAUGGGCUUGAAUGGAAUGUGGAACGAACUGUCAUGAUAACUCUCUCGCUCUCUCUCUGUUUUCGUUUUGCUCACUCUCUCUCCCCUCUCGCUCUCUCUGUUCUAGGCUCCUAUCAUCCCCAUCGUGUUCUCCUCCUACAGUAACUUCUACCUACGUAAAGAAAAGCUUUUCAACUCGGGUACAGAUCACGUUUUUAAUUCAUUGUGAAAUGGCUCAUACAGAGCUACUCUUGAAAUGAACUGCUCAUGACAUGUAUAGAAAGAUGUUGUCUUUUGGUUGCAUGCAAACACGAUGAUGAAUGAGGGUUGUGCUGAUGAUAAUGAUGGUUGGACUGAUGAUGAUGAUGCUAUGCUCAAACUAGGGACCAUCACGCUGAAGAUCCUUCCGAAGAUCGAGACGAAGGGCAUGACGUCAGACGACGUGGCCGACCUCUCCGACAAGUCCUACGACCUCAUGCGCUCAGUCUUCCUGGACAUCUCUGGCUUCGCCCCCUUAACCCAGAGCAACGGGCCCUCCUUGCACCACUGAACAUUUCCCAUGUCCGAGACACCUAAACCUUUCCCCUACCUACAGAUUAGGUAAAAUAUAUUGGCACCCUUAUGGAGCAGAAUGUUCUGUUUUCUCUUUUCAAAACUGGUUGAAUGGCAAUUUUUUUUUACCCUGUAGGCACCUGCAACUUACCACAGGUGUGAGAUAAAUUACACAGUAAACGAGAAAUUGCCUCCAACCAAAUUAAUUCGAAUUUUGAAUAAAUUAGUCUAGGCCAUUUAUUUUCUUUGAAGAAAAACCUAAAUGUAGGUUUUUUUUAUUUGGGGGGGGGGGGGGGGGGGGGGGUUCCUGUGCAGUUGUAAGUCAAACAAAUACAUGUGUGAACACAAUGUUUUCCAUUUCAACUUAUUUUUGAAGAAAUAGUGAAUCGUGCAAGGGUGCCAAUAUAUUUGACCACAUCUGUACCAGGACACAAUGCACACACACCCCAGGCCUCUGUCAUGAACUCAUCUGUUGUUUUGGCCUGGUACAGUUUGGUUCUGGUUGGCUCCUGCUCCGACCCAGCCCCCAUACAGUGCAGUCCUGACCUCUCACUGCAGAAGCCCUGUUGGCUCUGCAGGUUACGAGUGGAGUGACGGACGGCAAGCAAAACGGAACAGUAUUAAU